AUGCCUUGGACUUUAGAGAGAGCAUCCAGAGCCACUCUUAGGUACUCUUCCCGCCUGUGCCACUGUCACCCGCUACUCAUUGCUCCCAUCUCUACGCUACCAGCACUUGACCGUCUGCAGUUCGCACCUGACGAUGAGGAGGGUCUCGUUGAUGCCUUGGACUUUAGAGAGAGCAUCCAGAACCACUUUCAGAGCCACUUUCAGGUACUCUGCCCUCCUGUGCCAGAGCCACUUUCAGGUACUCUGCCCUCCUGUGCCAGAGCCACUUUCAGAGCCUUUCAGUACUCUGCCCUCCUGUGCCAGAGCCACUUUCAGGUACUCUGCCCUCCUGUGCCAGAGCCACUUUCAGGUACUCUGCCUCCUGUGCCAGAGCCACUUUCAGAGCCACUUUCAGGUACUCUGCCCUCCUGUGCCAGAGCCACUUUCAGAGCCACUUUCAGGAGGUCCGGCCGAGCCACGACGGGAGGCCACGGAUUGCCGAGCCUCUUCCAUUCAGCCACCGCCCGCUUCGCCUGCUGCUCCUUCCUCGCAACUUCCACCAGCAUCUUUAGCAGCAUAUCGUAUUUUGAAAUCUUCCUCACCAGCCUCCCUGCAACUAUUCGAAGCUCCCCCUCCCUCCCCCCUCCAUUCCCUCCUUUCCUCCUCCUCCCUUCCCUCCUCCCUUUCCUCCUCCCUUCCCACCUCCACACCCACCUCUCCUCCCUCCUUUCCCGCUCGCCCUUCUUUUCCCCUCAACCCCUCCGUCCUCCCCCUUCUGCUGCUGCAAUGCCAAUGCCUGUGCGUCUCUCUCCUCUAGCUUUCGUAGCCACAGCGGCUUAUGAGGAGACGAAGAUUCAUUCUCUCCUAACUCCUCCCCUCCCCUCCUCCUUCCUCUUCUCCCCUUUCUCCCAUCCCUCACCUUCCUUCAUUCCCCUUCCCCCUACCAGCCAGCCCCACCAUCCCUGCCUGCGCUUUUCCGCCCUCCGCCGUUUCCCCCCCUCCCGCCCCAACCUGUUCCGCUGGUCUCUACCCCUCAGGCCCUGCUGUCACGCCUCCAUUUGCCCCUCUGCUUACCUCUCCUCUCCCCCUUCCGCUCCCCCCUCCCAUCCACCCUCCUCCUCUCCCCCUUCCGUUACUGACCACUAA